ACCAACUUCCGCCGCUGCCAGCUCCCGAGACAUUCUCAGAGGAUUCGCUGGCGUGUCCUCACAGAAUAAUAAUGGCGCCCUCCCCCGGAUUGACCGUGCCGUCAGAAGAAUUUUCUUCAACUUCCCCUCUUCCUCUCAUCCCGCCUGUCCGCUCUCCUUUGAUUCCAUCACAUUAUCCCACCCGAAAAGUGUUCGUUGAUCUCCAAUCCAUCAUCUGAUUAUGUCGGCUCAAGACGCUGUAAAAGUCGGCAUCGACUUUGGCACCGUCACGACUGAGGUCGCCUAUAUCUGGUCCGCCCGCCAUCCCGAGACGCUGAAAGACAUCCAACAAUGGCCUGGUACUCCAGUCCAGACUAGCUGCGUGCCAUCCAUCAUUUCCUUUCAAAAUCGCUCGGUAUCAUGGGGGUAUCAGGUCAAUGGUCGCUCAUUGACCUAUGCAUGGACAAAGUUGCUCUUAGAGAGCAGCACCGGGCGCGAAACAUUCGAUGAUCCUAUUCUACACCAAAUGAGUAAAGCCAGUAUUCUUCGGUCUCCCGAGGUACGCCUGCCAGAAGAAAUCGUGGGUGAGUACCUCAAAAAGCUGAGAACCCACAUACUCAACCACUUGCGCGAUCUCGAACAUUUCCAUGCCUCUCGAGCAAUUGAAUUUAUUUUUACAAUCCCGGCAUCCUGGUCGACGGAGGCGCAAUGCUCAAUGAAGCGAGCCAUCCAGAGGGGAGGAUUUGAAAAUUGUCCGGGUCAGAAAUGGUACACCAUAAGCGAGCCGGCGGCCGCUGCGACGGCAAUCUACAGCCAAGUUCAAGGGGCGCUUCAGCACAAGGACGGGGUGUUGAUUUGUGAUAUCGGAGGGGGCACGGUGGAUAUCGCCGCCGGCCAAAUCACCGAAGUUGACAAUGUGGUUCUGUUUGAGAAACUUGCUACUGAUGUUGGGGCUCGAUGCGGAUCCACGGCAAUAGAUGCUCGAUUUUAUCUUCUAUUGGCCGAGAAGCUCGCGAUCGCGAUCGACCAGCUUCCUUCAAUCUAUUCACCAGCGGGAAGAACCUUGUUGACCUGGUUGGAGGGUAUCAAGUCCCGUUUUACAGGAGAGGAACGAACCGUAGAUCCUAUCCAUAUGCCUCUGAAUCCUCAGAUAAUGGAUCUUGACCUCUACAAUCCGCAAAGGCGCGCCAUCACCCCCCAACCGCAUCACAUAAAGGGGUUAUUUGACCCCGUUGUUGAUCAGAUCUACAAGAUGAUUCUACUUCAAAUCAAUGCGGCCAACAAGGAGUUUGGAAAUCGCAUUGUCAAGAAAGUUGCGAUAACAGGCGGCGGAGGAGCCUCGCCGUAUGUCCGGCGUAGGCUUGAAGACCUUCUGACCAGGACACCGGGCAUGGACAUCGAACCCCUGAUUAUACCUGAUGAGCCGCAAAUGAUCGUUGCGCGAGGGGCCGCUCUACGCGGCCUCAUGGGUGAUGUGACUCCAACCCGCGCGAGUUGGUACCACUAUGCAAUCGCCGCCCGUCAAUAUCUCUGCUGUCCCUACGUAACUCGUGAUCAGAUGAACACCGACUUUUCAGAUCAAAUCCCAUGCCAUGUGAUAUUUGAGAAAAACGUCAGAUACAUGACAGGCCGCCGACCACCUUUAACGGUUCAAAUGUUACACUUCUCCGGAGAGUCGUUCAUUAAAUCCAUGACGGUCUGGAGAUGUGACUCGGACCAUGCGCCAAGCCACGUUGAUGAGCGCCAAAUGCUCGAAAAAGCUACGCUGGUUUGCGAUUUCAGUCAGGUCGGUUACAAUGAGUGUCCGCAAGGACAAUGCAACGGAUGCCCGGUCUUAAUUUUUGAAGUCAAUGUGGAUAUCACUUUUAGUGAGGACAGCGGGGAAGCUACAUUGAAUGCUACUGCAUUCGGAAACUUGGUUGGAAAUACAUCCUUCAAAUUGGAUAGGGAAUGAUUGAGGAAACGUCUUUCUCGUUUCUUUGUCGUCUUUGUCUUCUUCCUUCCUUUUUCUCUGUCUCUAUUUUCCCCCUUUCUCUCUGCUCUUCUCCUUUUUUCUCUCCUUCGUUUCGGGCUUCUCUUUUUCUCUUCUCGUUACACUCAUUGUCUCUCC